AUGAAUAACAAUUUCACCGACUUCAGAGAGCUCGUUAUGGUUUUUCUGUCCAAAUUAGAGGAAAAACAUUUAGCUGAAUUUGGAGUGGUGGUCUCAAAAAUCUGGCAAAGGAGGAAUGAGUUUACUUUCAAACAUCAUUUUUCUACUCCAUCCCAGACCAUUCACCAUGCAACUCAAGAACUAGACAUGUUAAAAUCCUUGCAUCAAACGAGGACCUCUCCUAAUGCUUAUCCUCAGAUUCCUGAUCCCAGCUCACCAAGAUGGCAGCCACCACCUGAAGGUAUCUUCAAGAUAAACUGGGAUGCAAGUGUUUAUGGCAACUAUGAGAAGAAGAAAACCAUGUUCCCAGAUGCACAUUUGGCUGAGUCUUUCGCAGCUCUUCAAGCAGUCAUUCUAGCAGCAUAUAUUGGGAUCAACCAAAUUAUCCUGGAAUGGGACACACUUCAAGUAGUCAAUGAUCUCCUUAGGGAUGAAGAGAAUUGGGGCCAAGCUGGUCUUAUCUCUAUGGAUACUAAGGCGAUUUCUAGGAAUUUUCAAACUUUUUCGGUUCAUCAUGUUAAAAGAGCAUCCAAUGUGAUUGCUCAUACUCUAGCUAAAGAUGCUCUAACCAUUGAUGAUGUAUUGGUUGAGCUUGAAGAUGUUCCAAAUUGUAUUGGACCCUUAGUCGAUCCUAUUGAAUGA